AAGGACCCGCGAAACAUGGGGAAACCGCGGUGUCCUUCUCCCGACGAACGUACUCUCACUGAGACGACCGACUUCCACGGGACAUCCUUCGAUCGGUUUUACUUUUUUUCUUUCGUUUACCCCAAGCAAACUGCGAUGGAAAGGAUCGAGCUUUUCCUAAUCGCCCUGCUCUCGGCGAUCGGCAAUACUCAAACUGUCGUAAAAAUAAUGAUCGCGAUGGAGGAAGCAGACUCGUCCAUCAACGGAUUCGUUAACGACGCCGUCUCGUCCGCGGAGCGAGACUUUGGCAAGGGAAUUAUUAAGGUCGACGUUUCGACCGUCGAGGUCGACAGGGAGUACGAGGAUGAGAGCUACAACACAGCCUGCGCCGUCCUUUACGGAGGCGUCAGUUUGAUCCUGGACAUGACUUGGACCGGGUGGAACAGGCUUCGCGAAAUAGCCGCGGAUACGUCGGUAGCUUACGUGCGAGGAGACGCUACCCUGACGCCCUUCGUCCAGGCGAUGGACGACCUCCUGACGGCGCAAAACGCGACCGACGCUGCGCUGAUAUUCGAAACUGAAAAAGAACUGAACCAGACCCUUUACUUCCUCAUCGGUUACUCCAUCAUACGAGUGGUCGUUUUAGACGAGCUUAACGAGGCGUCGACGAUGAAGGUCAGGGCCAUGCGACCCUCUCCUUCGUACUACGUCAUCUACGCAACAUCCGCGAACAUGGAGACGUUGUUCAAGGCGGCGAUCGAUGGCGGGUUGGUGAGAAGGGACGGUACUUGGAACCUUGUAUUCACCGACUACAAUUACCAAGAUUUCCGAUACAUCGCCGGCGAUGUGGAAUUGAACGUUUCCAUCAAUAUCCUCACAAUGAAGAACGAGGUCUGCUGUAGUUUGAUCGGAGAGUCACCAUGCACCUGCCCGAAUGACUUUCAGACAUUUCCGCGGUACUUUAAACGCUUGAUCGGUUUAUUGGUCAGCGUGAUGAGCGAGGUUCAAAAAUCGGGGGUCACAGUUGAGCCGAAGGUAAUUAAUUGCAAGAAUAACGAAGACGUCGUCUCGACGGAUAACACGACCGUCGAAGCCUUCAAGAAGAAUUUAUUAACGAAACUGAGCACCAAUCACACCUUCGAAUACCUGCCCGAUCGAAAUUUGAUAACUUAUCGUGCGGAAAUCGAGCUGAAAACACUGACUCAGGGUCGCCUGCAGAAGAUCGGGGAAUGGAACAGGCAGCACAAAAUAACGACGGAUAAAGGGAUGGAGAUAAAACCGGCGCGGAGAUUUUUCCGCAUCGGUACUGCGCAGAUGAUACCCUGGUCUUACGUGAAAAAGAACGCCGAAACCCAGCAGCCGGUCUUGGACGAAGAGGGUAAGGAGGUGUGGGAAGGAUACUGCAUCGACUUGAUGAAGAAACUGGCGGAGACGAUGGAUUUUGAUUACGAAUUGGUGAUACCGGCGAGCGGAGAUUUCGGGGAACGAUUGCCGAACGGUAAAUGGACAGGAAUUGUCGGUGAUCUUCUCCGCGGGGAAAUCGACAUCGCGGUGGCGGCGCUUACGAUGACGUCGGAAAGGGAGGAAGUCAUAGAUUUCGUUGCGCCUUAUUACGAACAAUCGGGAAUCCUAAUAGCUAUUCGAAAACCAGUGAGGAAGACCUCGCUUUUCAAAUUCAUGACCGUAUUGAGACUGGAGGUUUGGCUUAGCAUCGUCGGGGCUUUGACUGUGACCGGGAUAAUGAUUUGGCUGCUGGACAAGUACUCGCCUUACAGUGCGCGCAAUAAUAAAAAUCUCUACCCUUAUCCGUGCAGGGAAUUCACCCUGAAGGAGAGCUUCUGGUUCGCCUUAACGUCGUUCACACCUCAAGGCGGAGGCGAAGCUCCGAAAGCCCUUUCUGGCAGAACUUUGGUCGCCGCUUACUGGCUGUUCGUCGUUCUCAUGCUCGCCACUUUCACAGCUAAUUUGGCCGCCUUUUUGACCGUCGAAAGAAUGCAGUCCCCGGUGCAGUCGUUGGAGCAGCUGGCUCGACAGUCGCGUAUAAAUUACACUGUGCUUGCAAAUUCGCACGUCCAUCAGUACUUCAUAAACAUGAAAAACGCCGAAGAUAAAUUAUACACAGUAUGGAAGGAGAUAACGCUAAACAGUACCAGCGAACAGGUGGAAUAUAGGGUAUGGGAUUAUCCGAUAAAGGAACAAUACGGCCAUAUUUUACAGGCCAUCACACAAGCUGGCCCGGUCGAAAGCGCUCGUGCUGGAUUUCAGAAGGUAAUUGACAGUGAAAAUGCGGAAUUUGCUUUCAUCCAUGAUUCGGGUGAGAUAAAAUACGAGGUUACGAAAAAUUGCAACUUGACCGAAGUUGGGGAAGUUUUUGCCGAGCAGCCAUACGCGAUUGCUGUACAGCAGGGAAGUCAUCUUCAGGAAGAAAUUAGCAAAAGAAUAUUAGACUUGCAAAAGGACAGAUACUUCGAAACGUUGUCAUCAAAAUAUUGGAAUCAGUCUCUCCGAGAAUCCUGUCCAAAUUCCGACGACAGCGAGGGAAUAACGUUAGAGAGUUUGGGCGGAGUUUUCAUAGCCACUCUCUUCGGCUUGGCCUUGGCGAUGAUCACCCUGGCCGGUGAGGUGAUUUUCUACCGAAAGCGAAAAGUUUCGCGAAAAGAGCAGCAGCCACCGGCGGUGAUCAAGUCCCGGAAAAUACCGACUCUCCAGAUGAAACCGGCGCCUGUUGUUUCCCUCGUCGACAGACCCAUGAAAAACAUUCAGCCAAGGGUUUCCCACAUUUCUGUCUAUCCCAGACAUUUUGCGUUCAAGGAAUAACGCCAAGUAACAGGCCACCGAUUGCAGCGCAAUUUUAAUUCUUCAUGGCUGAGAUGAUGGCGGUGUCUUUUAACCGAGAGGUAGCCAAGUCAUACUUUUGCCGGUGUUGCAGACCCUCCGUGGUGGGGGAG